UACUGCUCGUAGUACUCGCUACUUCGAGACGUGAUCCGCCGUCACUCCGCGUCCAGGCAGUUUGGCCUGGGUAUAUGGAUCUACACGACAAGACCACAGUACUGUUGAUCCAAUACGUAUGCACAUGCAUGAAGUAUAUCUCUGCUUUCAGUGUUAAAACCAUUUCAAUUAUCAAGAUCAAGACACGCACUCUGGGGUGGCUUGUUGUGCACGAUGAGUUCUUCACUCCGCUGUUUCCUGGGGAGCCCUCAUCUAUGGUAUCCCGUGAACCAGACUGCAGUGUCCCUCCUGGGCAGCCAGAGUGUGAGAUGGAGAAAGCCACGUUGGCUGCCAGUUGCACCAAGUAAACAGUUCAGGAUCCCCAAGAAGCCACAAGUGCCUGAAGCAGAUGUGCGAGAGCUGAAACGGCUCAAUGACAACUACAAGACCGUAAUGAAAGCAGUCAGGAAGCACUUGCGAGAGGAGUCUGUCAGGACUGCAGACACCUCAGAGUUGGCCAUGCAGCAGGUGGCACAGGAGGAGGAGGAACACCAGCAACUAAUGGAGUACAACAGACAGGAGAACCUACGAGUAGCAGCCCUCAGGGAGGAAAGAAUUCGAAAGGAACAUGAGGCUGAAAUAGCACGUGUGGAGGCCUCAUUGGUGAAGCAGGCCCAGAUAGCGGCAGAGGCCGAGCAGGAAGCCUUGCGCAUCAUUAAUGAAACACAGGAACUUGUCAAAACCUUCAUCAAGCGGGAGGACUUGGAGAAAGCAAUUGAGGAAGCCAUGGAGAACCCUACUGACUAUAACUUCGCCCUAGACCAGGAGGGACACAUUUUCCGGGGCCGCACCACCAAGCCCCAGGAUGUGAAGAUUGAGGAGUGGGAGCAACUGGAGAGCAAAGUGCUAAUAUGAGGAAGGAGUGCCAACUAGCCUUGCCAUCCUUCAUCUUUUCAAUAGUAUCUUGUGGACCACUGUUGGCACUUCUUGUUGGGGGUGUUUGACCAAGUGGUGUUUUUCUUGUUAAUGGUUAGGUGUGGUAAUAAAUAGUGUUUUAUGGCUUUAUAGCCCUAUGAGUCAAACCAGUGAAAGGGUAGCACCAUUGUUUCAAAGUGUAAAAUACUGUACAAAGACAAGAGUGAAAGAUUAAAAAUACAUACUGUUUUCAUAGUCAAGAAAUUUUAUUUGCCUUUAUAAGUUGUUAAGAAAAUUAAAUGAGUCCAUCAUAAAAAAAAAAGUUAGAGGCAAUGAAAAGCAUAAAAGCUAGAAAAAUUGGAAGUGUGGAUAGAUGUACAGUCAAGUGUUUUCAGAGUGGCAGUAUAACUGGCUGAUAAGAGUGCUGAAAUGUAUGUUUCAUGAGCAGUGUGGUGCCACUGAACAGUAAGUACAUGUAGUUCCUUUUCGUGAUUAAAGAUGGUACGUAUGGAUCAUUAUAAAAAGGAUGUGUUAACUUAAGAUGUAAAUGCAAGUAUUUUACAUGAAGCAAGCAAGAUGUAGACCUCUAUUAUUAGGUAAAUAUUGUGAGAUUGAACAUUUUUUCAUAAUUUAGGGAAAAAAAAAAUUGUGAUUAAAAUUUUUCUCAAAAUUACAGAAUUUUGAACCAUGAAAUGUAGAAGUAAAAUAUGUAUAUUGGAAGUUUACAUCACUCAGUAAAAUGUACUUUUCUUUCUUUCUAAACCUUGUUUGGAAGUUAAAUAUUUUUAAAAGCUAAACAUUGUCUUCCCAUUGCUCCUAUGAACACAAAAUAUACUCACAAUGUCUCCUUUACGCAAGGAACAUGAGAUUGAAAUUUUGUUUUCGCUUUUUCUUAAUCAAAGGAAGCCAAAAUACCUUACAAUCGCGAGAAUAGGGCGUUAGAUAUUGAAAUUUUGUUUCCACUGUUAAUCCAUGGAAGCUAAAAAUCUUACAAUCGCGAGAGGUGGGCGUUACCAGGGCUACACUUGCGUCACGUACCACUACGUACUAUGUACAGUACACACUGUUGUAAUGGAGGUGGUUAUGUAGGUACCUGUAAAAGCUACAAUUGAGUGUAAUAUAUUGAGCCGAGCAAAGUUUUUUUUUUUUUCCCGCGGCACAGGCAAAUAUUCUCAAGCUACUUUUUUUUUUUUUUUUUUCGUGGCUGCGUGUGAAAGCUUCCAUUUAGCUCCAAUAUUAGACUAAGGGAUGACGGUACUACUGAGAAGCGUUGCUAAGUAGCAAUUAGAUUUCUAUCAAGCCUAAGUACGGAGAAGGCCUGCGUUUAUAUCAAGAACUCUUAAGUCUUUUUUCCUGCUUAGAUUUGCUCUAGUUCCUUAACGUUCUGGAUCACUAUUUCUACCAACCUUCAGUAUAUUUGGCAACUCAGUACUGGAAUACAGUUAAGUCCACACCAGGUGAUCGGUCUUUCUUAAUUUCAUGGAUAGAUAAGUCCAUCAAUUCCAACAUUUCUGGUACUGAUAAAUUGUUCCUUGAACUUUAUUAUUGUUAUAAUAGUAUGUACUUCAUGGAUACCUACCUAUGUGAAAAAAAAAUAAUUGUUAUUUUAUUUUAUUUUAUUUAUUUAUUUAUUUUUUUCUUACAUAGGUAGGUAUUCUUCAUGAAGUGCAGGUACUGAACCACUGCCUGCAUGUCACAUUCCAUCACCAUCACGUGAAAAUGUGCCUUCUUGACACCUGCACGGCGAUUCCACCUUUCUUUAUUAGCAGUGUCUUGCAGCAACCUAACACAUGGCGCCGCCGGGACCGUGCUGGCCUGCCCUCACAUUUAUAUUAAGUCACAUAAUGGGUAUUGAAGGGCAGUACAAAGGGCCGCUUGCCGUGACGGUGCGAACGAUGACGGGGCGGUCCGCGGUGGUGCAGACGUGGGGAUACCGGACUGUGAUGCAGCUGAAGAUCACACUGUCCAGGCUGUGGGGUCUGCUGGUUCAAGACAUUCACCUCAUCUUUCAGGAGCAGGCCAUGAUAGACGACCUCACUCUCGGCUCCUACAUGGCCGAAGACUCCACCGUCACCCUCGUGCCUCGCCUCAGUUCCGGAUUCUAAUAACCGUUUUAAUUCUCCCUGUCGCUCCUGCACCUCUGCCUGCUCUCGCCAAAACACCUACGGAGGGCUUGAUCCAGUAUCCUGCACCCAAUGCCCUAGUCUCAUUUUACUGACCCCACACUUCACUUCUCAUCCUGCUAAUUCUAGCGAAUUAUCUUCUCAUUCCAUCUUAAGAUA